GGCAGGUGCCCACCCUCGGGGACCUCAGUUUCCCGCCGUUCUGGAUCCCGAGGCGACUCGGCGGAUCCCCGAGCGUUUUGGGCAGGGAGGGGCGAGGGCGGUAACCCGAGCCGCCCGGGCGGGGUCCCCGGCUCCCGCGGCCACGUUCGCAGCCCGGCGGAGGCGCGGGACCGGCGCCCGAGCGCCCGGGACGCGGCCGCAGCCCCCCGAGCGGGCCGCGCGCUCAGCGCGGGAGGCCCCCUGGGAACCAGGUGGCUGAGCUGUGUGGCCAGAGAGGAGGGACUGCCCUCUCCUUGUGAGUUAUUUUGUUUUUGUGGGAGCCAUGAAGCUUAACAAGAGGAGUGUGACCCACUACGCACUGAGUGACUCCCCCGCAGACCACACAGGCUUCUUGCGCACUUGGGGGGGUCCAGGGACCCCACCCACCCCCAGUGGCACRGGCCGAAGAUGCUGGUUUGUCCUUAAGGGCAAUCUGCUAUUCUCCUUUGAGAGCCGCGAGGGCCGGGUCCCGCUGAGCCUGGUUGUGCUGGAGGGCUGCACCGUGGAACUGGCCGAGGCUCCGGUGCCUGAGGAGUUCGCCUUUGCCAUCCGCUUUGACGCCCCAGGAGUGCGCCCACACCUGCUGGCAGCAGAUGGGCAAGCAGCCCAAGAGGCCUGGGUAAAGGCGCUGUCCCGGGCCAGCUUUGGCUACAUGCGCCUGGUGGUCCGUGAGCUGGAAGGCCAGUUGCAGGAAGCCCGCCAGAGCCUGGCCUUGCACCGCUGUGCCACCCGGAAGGUGGCUGGCAGCCGCUGUAAGCCACAGGCUCCCAACCACUCGUCUCCAAGUCCAGAGAAUGGACACUUUCUCCCCAGCGACUGCAGCCCCAUGGGUUCCAGUGAAGAAGGGGGCAGCAGGCCAGCAGGGCGGGAUUUGGCUGAGUGGGAGUUGCAGGGCCCUGCCAGCUUCCUCCUAGGCAAGGGGCAGAGCCCUGUGUCCCCUGAGACCUCCUGCUUCUCUACCCUCCACGACUGGUAUGGUCAGGAGAUUGUGGAACUGAGGCGGGGGUGGCAGCAAAGGGUCCUGGGGAGCCAGCCAGAAUGCAAGCCAUAGGAUAGGCCCGUAGCCUGGGCCUUUAGUCCUGGCCCUGUCCUGCUGGUCAGGACACUGCAGCCAGUGCUUUUCAAGGAGUUAAAUGUUUACUCACUUCCAAGGUUGCUUUUGGGGGGAGGGGAGUUCCUUCCCUCCUGAUUUUUUUAGGCCUUCCAGGUUCUACAUUCUCCCUGUGCCUACAGGGGACUGAGGAAUUAUGGCUUCCAACCUUUUAAAAAAGGUUGGAAAAAAGUAUCCUUACUUUUUGAAACCCAGAAAAGAAAGGUGGUUUACGGAUCGCCCCAGAGCAAACCUGUCUCCUGACUCUGACAGGACUGCCCCUCUCUCAGGGGAUAUUAAUGAAAUGCAGGAAGAGGGGCUGCCCUACCUUUCACCUACACACCAGACUCUAGCCAUAAUUUCCAACACAGGAGUCUCGUGUGCACUUAAAUGCCAGAGGCUGCCUGCAGUAUUAGCUUAGGGGCUAACAUUGUCAGUGAAAAUCAAUUUAUUGUGUUAUAGGGAUUUCUGGGCCCAGCUUUUCUUGAGAGGGAUAGGAAGACUGGGACCCCUUUCCCCCCAUAGUUUGGAUAGGGUCCUUUGUAGGAAACAGCCUUUAGCUAAAUAGAGUGACUUCUUACUCCUCCUCUACCAAACCACCACAGAUAAUGCUGAACUUUGCCUUGGGAGGGGCUUUUAUGUCAGCAAAAACCUUUCCUGUGUUCCGUCCUCAGCAGCCAGCUAGCUCUUGGUACUGCCAAGCAGGAAGUAAAGAAGAGGCAGGGAGGCAGGGUGGCCCCUGGGGAAGGCCAGUUUGUUUCUUUGGUCCUCAGUCCUGGGUAUUCUAGAAGCUUAGGAUUCUCAGUACCAUGUGAUAAAUCCCACUCUCCUGGCUGGGCUCCCAUAAAGGUACUCCUCCUCCUAAAGCCACCUGGGAACUCUGUCACAGUUCCCAGGACUUUACCUUCAGGAAUCCUCAUUGCUGCUCUUCCCAGCAGUGGUGCAAAAUGUUUUUCUAUUUGUCUGGAAGGCAAAACUGCUGGGACUACAGAGCCAAAGGCCAGCCCAGCCUGUCACCUUAAAGGUAUAGUGGCAGUGACUGGUGGGAAGAUGCAGGGCCUGGUGACAGACACCCCCUUCCUUGCUUCCCUUUCACUUGGCUGGACUAAGCCCAAGUGGGCCGAAGACAGACUUCAGGAGGCUGAGAUGCGGCCCUAGGCCCAGGACCACUGCUGCCCUGCUUUGUUCCCAGCCCUGUACGGGAGCCCUACGGCCCACCUGCACUUUAUUUUAUACACAGAUACUACAGGCCUUUGUUAUCUU